AUGCUCCAGCCCGGCGUCGCCCAGGGUGCGCCCCUGGGCCUGCCAGUACCACACCCCGGCCUCGCCGAGCAGCGGCUCGAUCAGCUCCAGCGCCCGCUGGCGGGCCAUGCUCGAGAUGGGGUCCCGCUCGUUUUCACUCUCGUCGGCGAAAGCCUCACCGGCACCGACGAGCUGCGCGGCGGCCUGAACCCGACCCGCAGCCGCCGCCACCCAGGCGAAGACCUCGCAGCGCGCCCGCAGCAGGUUCGCCUGCCGCAGCGAUACCAGGGAAUCGGCCGCGCUGCGCACCGCAUCGUCGACCUGACCGGCUGCCACGAGUGCGGCCGUGAGGCCCGACAGCACGCGCCCCCGCGCCUGGCCCUGGCGGAUGCUGUCGUCCAGGUACUGCAACAGCUCCACCGACACCUCCACCGCCGCCUGGGCCUGCCCCAUCUGGAGCUGGGUCCAGGCCAUGUCGGCCUUGAGCAGCAGCCGGUAGCGCUUCACGCCCAGGGCCUCGGCCAGCUCGAGGGCGGCCUGCGCGUGGCGCAGCGCCAGUUCAUGUUCACCCCGCGCGUCGGCCACGCGGCUUUCGACGCGCAGGCGCCGCAUCCGGUCGGCCUCCGACAGGCCGGUUUCCUCCAGCAUGCUGGCGAUCUGCAGGUGGCGUUCGGCGCGCUCGACACGGCCGGCCUCCAGUUCCACCUCGGCCAGGUGCCGCUGGCAGGCAUGCCGAUGCCGCCGCUCACCGAGCGAGUCGAACAGGGCGUCGGCCAGCAUCAUGGCUUCGACCGACAGCGACACCGGCAUGCGCCCCUCGCUGCCGACCCGCCCGUACCAGUGCCAGAAGCGGGCCGCCAGCAUGGGCGGGCAAUGCUCGUUGACGAGCGGCCGAACGGAUUUCAAGUGCUCCAACGCCUCGCCGGUGGCCCCCGCCGCGCCAAGGCCCACCGACAUGAACGUGGCGAUGGUGAUGGCCACCUGCUCGUGCCCGGGGGCCGUCAAGGCCCAGGCAAGCGACGCCCGGGCGUUCGGAAUCUCCUGCCACAUCAGGCCACUGUCGCGGUCCCGCGCGGCAUUCAUGCACAGCUGCGCCAUCGCACGGGCCAGGCGGGAAUCCCAGUCGACGCCGUCCGUGCCGCUGCGCAGCCGCUCCAACGCGAAGGCCCGGGUCGUCUCCAGCAUGCGAAAGCGCGCCCGGGCGCCGGGCUGGCGGCUGAUGAGCGAACGCUCCACGAGCAGGUCCAGGUGCUCGAUCAGGUCGACGGCGCUGUCAUCCCGCACCAGCAGCUCCGCCGCCUGCAGGCUGAAGCCGGCCGGGAACAGCGCCAGUUGGUGAAGCAGUUGCUGGGCCGGCGCGGGCAGCAGCUGGUGGCUCCAUUCCAGUGCCGCCUGCAGGCUGCUGUGCCGGCUGGGCGCAGUGCGCAUCCCGCGGGACAACAGGCGCAGCCGGUCAGACAAGCGGCUGCGCACGCCCGCGAGCCCGAGCACCGGCACGCGGGCGGCUGCGAACUCGAGCGCCAGCGGCACGCCGUCGAGCUGGCGGCAGAUCUCGACCACCUCGGCCAGAUCCUGGGUGCCCGGCUCGAAGUCCCCGCCCAUCGCGGUGCGGACGCGCUCCAGCAUCAUGCGGACAGCGCCGUAGUCCGCCGCGUCACGGGCAUCGGCGGUCGGCGGGACCUCCAGCGGGCCCAGCCGGAUGACCCGCUCCCCCGGCACGCGCAAGGGCUCCUGGCUGGUGGUUGUUGUCCUCGACCACCUGCCCCGGCCAGACCGACGCGAAGAUCUCCGUCUUGGACACCACCCGCUCGCGCUGCUGCACCAGCAGCAUGA